AGAGCGUCGGGCUCGAGCAGGCCGAGGGGCCGCCCCGCCCCGCCAGCCUCCCCGCCGCUGCGCGGCGCUGGACACCCACCGCCGGCGGACCACCCAUGGCGGCGGAACUCGAGGAGCCGAGGAAGCCGCAGAACGCCUACUGGAUCUGGCUCGGCGAGAGCCGCGAGGCGCUGGCGAAGGAGGCUGGCAGCGGGAAGGCGCCAGUCAUCGGCAAGCUCGCAGGCGACAAGUGGAAGGCCAUGUCGGCCGCGGCCAGGAAGCCUUUCGAGGACCGUGCGGCGAAGCUGAAGUCCGAGUACGAGGCGGCCAUGGAGAAGUUCAAGGCUGGCGGCGGCCAGGUGGGCAAGCGGCGCCUGGAGAAGAAGGAGGCGAAGGACGCGAAGCAGGCCAAGGUGGCCAAGAAGGCGAAACACGACGCCGAGAAGGCGUCCGGGAAGCCGCCGCGGCCGCAGAACGCCUACUGGAUGUGGCUCGGCGAGAACCGCGAGGCGCUGACGAAGGAGGCCGGCACCGCCAAGGGUCCCGUCGUCGGCAAACUCGCGGGCGAGAAGUGGAAGGCGCUGCCGGCGGCGGUCAAGAAGCCGUUCGAGGACAGGGCCGCGGUGCUGAAGGCCGCGUACGACAAAGCCCUCGCGGAGUGGAAGGAGAGCAACGGCGGCGGCGAGGACGGCGGCGAGGACGCCGAUGACACGGCGGUCCUUGGCGGAGCUUAGCCGAUCGGCGGCGGCGAGGGCGGCGGCGUGCAUAAGGAGGGCACGGCGGUCCUCGGCUUAGGUCGGGCAUGUCCCCCUACAUACUAUUUUUGGACUAUUUUUGAACAUUUCUCCUGUAGAGGGACAGGCCCGACUUAAUCCUCGGCGGAUCCUAGCCGGUUCGAAUUCAGCUGCAGGCAUGCGCGGCCUCGACUCGGUGUCUCGAGCACUCCGACUGUGCGCAGUCUGCCACCAGCACUGCUGGCCCAGCUGGUGCGAGAGGCGCACACUGGGUAGGCGCCGCCGGCUGUGGGGCUAGCCGGGCGCCGACUUUGACCGUUCCUCGUGUCUGCGUGCUGGUCUUCUCUUUGCUCAUCUCGACUUCCAUCU